CAAUUCAGCAUCUGUCUGCUGAUGAACGUUACCAACAUCCUUCUCUAAAACCUCCAAAAUUCACACCAACAAUGGCGACACCUGCAAAAAACUAGGGUUUACACAUUCACACACACACACCAAAACAAAAACUCUCACGAAAUGGAAUCAAUUUCACCCUCACCAUCCUCCUCCUCUCCACACACUCAUCUCCACCACAGAAACCUUAUCUUCCCCUACCUACCGUCACCAAACCCUACAAUCAUCUCGUUUCCGUACCGUCUGCAUCCGCAGAGGUUCAGAGUUAGUUGUACCGGUCGCAGUGGCCAGCAGGAUGAAGGUAUUUACGGCGGUGCUGAUUUGUUGAGGAAGCCAGUGGUGGAGGUGAAAGAGGAGGUUGUUGCUGUUGUUGAUGAUGAUUUGAAGAGUGAGAGUGAGGAUGAUGUGAAGAGGAGAGAGGAGGAUGGGUGGAUUGAUUGGGAGGAUCAGAUAUUGGAAGAUACUGUGCCUUUGGUUGGUUUUGUUAGGAUGAUUCUUCAUUCUAGCAAAUAUGCAAGUGGUGAGAGAUUAAGCCCCGAGCAUGAGCGGACUAUCUUAGAGAGGUUGUUGCCGUAUCAUCCGGAAAGUGAGAAGAAAAUUGGAUGUGGCAUCAAUUACAUCACGGUUGGCUACCAUCCAGACUUUGAAAGCUCAAGAUGUCUGUUCAUUGUGCGAAAAGAUGGAACAAUGGUCGAUUUUUCAUACUGGAAAUGCAUCAAAGGUUUGAUCAGGAAAAACUAUCCUUUAUAUGCAGACAGUUUUAUCCUAAGACAUUUCCGAAGGCGUAGGCAUAAUGAUUGAAGUCGAACCAUCAUUUACGUCGUACUUAUUAAAUCUUUCACCUGUAUUUGCCUGCAAAUUACAAGAAACAUAGGUUACUGUUAUUGUGAUGUUAGGUUGCAUCAAGAUUAGUGUGAUUUUUACUUUGUUUUGUGGUGCUUAAUGCUGUUGCAUUCAUAUGCAAGAAUGCUAAGUUGUGCACAGUUUUGAGAAAAUGUAAAGAUGAACUCUGACCUUCUUUGCAGUUAAAAUUUCUCUUCUAUUUUUGGUA